AUGGCACCGCUACCACCCUACCUGGUGCGCAUAGCCGCCACCAUCCUCACGCAGGCCCUGACCAGAAAGCUCGCCUCAUCGCCGCUCUUCUUCCGCAUAGUGGACCGUAUGAUCCACGAAAUCGACCACAUGCCGCACCGGAUUCAGGGACGCCAGGUACCGACAUAUCAACCGCCAUUAGGGAUGCGGGAGAAGGAGUGGCAGGAAGAUGUGGGAGAACCGCACGACCUUCCAAAUCCCUUUGUCACGCCGCAACAGCAGCACCAGCACGCCAACGGUCAGAGCGGAGGAACGGAUCCGGGUGCGGCGCCGAAGUCGUUUGACGAAGCGCUGCGACUACGUGCGCGGCAGUCGUACGCCCAGGCGCAGCGGAUAGCGGAACGAGACCGGAGGAAGCGCGAGGAGCAGACAAAGGGCUACCAGGACGACAAGGUGGCUCAGGAGCUCAAGUCGUUGCAGGACAAGCUGCGUGAGCUCCGCAACGAGAGCCGCAAGUGA